GACGCGGGCCGGGAUCGGGUCUCGCAGCGCACCCCGGGCUUGGCGUGCCGGUCCAGGUGUGCGGUCGGCGGCGUUCCCGCUCUCCCCGGUCGGGUCAGAGUCCCCGUCCAGUCGGGUUGAUGACGCGGUGCCCGUGCUCCCCAGGGGUCCAGGCCCAUUUGUCGGGCUGCUGUUGGCGGGUGGUGUCUGAGAUGCAGUCGUGACAGCUGCGGGAGGACCCUAGCCGGAAGCCGCGGCUUGGAGUGGGGAGGCAGGACGAUACAGACUCCCCUUGGCCUCGGACACAGCUUGCGGGUGGCCAGCGGCAGGACGCCUGGCCCUGGAGGCCUGGCCCGCGUGGGACAGACGUGGGCCCACCCGCUCUACAUAGGGGCCGAAGCGUGCGUUGGGAGAGACUGCCCCUGGGACCACAGUUCUAAUCUUCUGUCCAUCAGGGAGCUGGUGGUCACCAUGGCAAUGAGGGAACUGGUGGAGGGCGAAUGUGGGGGUGCCAACCCGCUCAUGAAGCUGGCCACCCACUUCACCCAGGACAAGGCCCUUCGGCAGGAGGGACUGAGGCCUGGCCCCUGGCCCCCAGGAGCCUCAGCUGCAGAGACGGUUUCCAAGCCUUUGGGAGUAGGUUCUGAAGAUGAGUUGGUGGCAGAGUUCCUGCAGGACCAGAAUGCACCCCUUGUUUCCCGUGCCCCUCAGACCUUCAAGAUGGAUGACCUCCUGGCAGAGAUGCAGGAGAUUGAACAGUCAAACUUUCGCCAGGCUCCUCAGAGAGCCCCUGGGGUGGCAGAUUUGGCCUUGUCUGAGAAUUGGGCCCAGGAGUUUCUUGCGGCUGGAGAUGCUGUGGAUGUAGCGCAGGAUUAUAAUGAGACGGACUGGUCCCAAGAAUUCAUCGCCGAAGUCACAGACCCCUUGUCUGUGUCCCCUGCCCGAUGGGCUGAGGAGUAUCUGGAGCAGUCUGAGGAAAAGCUGUGGUUGGGAGAGCCAGAAGGAUCUUCUACCACCGAUGGAUGGUACGAUGACUACCAUCCUGAGGAGGAUCUGCAGCACACAGCCAGUGACUUUGUGUCCAAGGUGGACGACCCCAAAUUGGCUAACUCUGAGUUCCUGAAAUUCGUGCGACAGAUUGGCGAGGGGCAGGUGUCCCUGGAGUCCGCUGCAGGGUCGGGCCGAGCACAGGCAGAACAGUGGGCAGCAGAGUUUAUACAGCAGCAGGGCACAUCAGAGGCCUGGGUUGAUCAGUUCACAAGAUCUGGAAACAACACGUCUGCCCUUGAUGUAGAAUUUGAACGAGCCAAGUCAGCUAUAGAGUCUGAUGUCGAUUUCUGGGACAAGUUGCAGGCAGAGUUGGAGGAGAUGGCAAAACGGGAUGCUGAGGCGCACCCCUGGCUUUCUGACUAUGAUGACCUCACAUCCGCCUCCUAUGACAAGGGGUACCAGUUUGAGGAGGAGAACCCGCUGCGUGACCACCCUCAGGCUUUUGAAGAAGGGCUGCGUCGACUUGAGGAGGGAGACCUGCCCAAUGCUGUGCUGCUGUUUGAGGCUGCCGUGCAGCAGGACCCUAAGCACAUGGAAGCCUGGCAGUAUCUGGGUACCACCCAGGCUGAGAAUGAGCAGGAGCUCCUGGCUAUCAGUGCCCUGCGGAGGUGUCUGGAGCUGAAGCCAGACAACCGGACAGCACUGAUGGCACUGGCUGUAAGCUUCACCAAUGAGUCCCUGCAGCGGCAGGCCUGCGAGACCCUGCGAGACUGGCUCCGCUACUCACCAGCCUACGCCCAUCUGGUGGCUCCUGGCGAAGAAGGGGCGAGUGGGACAGGACUGGGCCCCAGCAAGCGUGUCUUGGGAUCCCUGUUGUCCGACUCCCUGUUUCUUGAAGUGAAGGAGCUCUUCCUGGCAGCUGUGCGUCUGGACCCCACAUCCAUUGACCCUGAUGUGCAGUGUGGCUUGGGGGUCCUCUUCAACCUGAGUGGGGAGUACGACAAGGCCGUGGACUGUUUUACGGCUGCCCUCAGUGUCCGUCCCAAUGACUAUUUGCUGUGGAACAAACUUGGGGCCACACUAGCCAAUGGGAACCAGAGUGAAGAAGCAGUUGCCGCAUACCGCAGAGCCCUGGAACUACAGCCUGGGUAUAUCCGGUCUCGCUAUAACCUAGGCAUCAGCUGCAUCAACCUUGGGGCUCACCGAUUAUUGUGAAAACUUGUCAUCUCAUUCACUCCUCAUCGAUGGCGCUGUUGCUCCACAGUGGCAUUUGAUACAGUGUCUGACUGCUGACUACACAAUUGUGGACACAUGCAGACAUUUGGUCCCUGCCUGCUGAGUGAAUAGUGUACACUGGAAGUGUGUUAAAGAAUCAAGACAUGUUGAAUCGUGGAGAUGCUGAUCCAUUCUUCUCUGUUUGGGGAGGAUGACUAAAUUUCCUGGUCACUGGACCUUGCUCCCUAGGGGAAUGUGCCAUGAGUCAAGAGUGCUUUUGGAAGUUCUACUAAGAGAGCACACUGAAGGGCUUAUUCUCCCUCAGGACAAAGCCUCAGUGUGACCCACACUCACUUGCGGAGCAGAAGGGAGAACCUCAGACCUGGAGAGGGAACCCCACCGUAGGUGAGAUGCCUAUGCACAGGACAGCCUCAGAGCUCCCGGAUGGCAUGCCAGUGAUGAACCUGGCAAGAACUCUUUGCAAGGAAGUCAUGGCUUUGGAGACCGAGGCUGCCUCUGGCCACAGGGCUUAUGUGCAGGUGGUGAGGGAACCUGAUGCUGGCUGCCAGAAAGCAGCCGUUUGGGGAGGCUGACAGAAGACAUGUUUGGAGUGAGUGGUCAGUCUUCGCUGCUGGCCUUACAGAGGUACAGGCAUUCAGAUGCACUGCUUUCUAAUACUAGUUAUGCACAUGAGUUCUUCCCUGAACAAUGACAUGCUUAAUUUUAAUGUAUUUCUGAGAAUUUCGUGCUAUGUAUUUUGACCAUAUUCUUCCCCACUCAACUCCCAACUCCUCCCAAAUUCCCCUGCACUUAUUCAGAAUAUGCAAUCAGAGGGUUCCAGGUAAGACAGUAUAUUAGAAGCUAUCUCAAUGUGACCCUAUAAGGGAGAAGUCUGAAUAAGAAAAAACUACUUUAAAGAAAGGGGGAACUUUGGAGAUUCACAAAAACAACAUUAGGAUACCUGAUAAGCAAGGAGAAAAGGAUGGGCAUUGCACAGGAAGGAAGUAAUUCGAGGCUAGCACGAUGGCUCCCUGGGAAAAGGUACUUGUCAGACAAACCAGACGAUUCGAGUUUAAACCCUGGAACCACAUAAGCUGACUCCAGAAAGUCCUCAGACCUCAACAUAAAGGAACAUUUGGAGCCCUGCCACUCAUGUUUGAAGUCACUGGUACCCACACCUGAUAAAGGCACAACAGAAAAGAAGAAUUCUAAAUCAGUUUCCUUGGUGAAAGUUGAUACAAGAUUUAAUAAAAUACUUAGAAACUAAAUUGAAUAAAAGAAAAUUAUGCAUCAUGA